UCUGCGGCACCGCGGCGCUGUGGCGCCCCUCCCCGGCUGUGCAGGACCGUCCUCCACCCCCCGACAACACCAACCCACAGCAACCUGAUACCGGCGACGAGCGGUCCAGACAAGCCUGCGAACGAGGCGUUCCCCGCCGCCCCUGCCUGCCUGCCUGUCUGCCCGGCGGAGCUGCGAACCGUCAAUGCCAAACAACGCUGCCGAGGAUCCGUCUCCUCCCCCCGGACCCCGUCGUCUGCCUUGGACCGGAGGAGUACCGAGCUCCAUCUUUCACACGAUCACUGUAGGCGCGGUUGACUUGUGAAUUAUUAUUUCUCUCCCCCUCCCUCCGCGCACACGGAAGAUCGCGAAAUAUGAUGGGACGCGGAAAACUAAGUGGCUAGCUGCUAGGCUAACGCCUGCUAGCCCCCACAGCGGUCCGCCUGCAGCCCGGACCGAGGGAGAGGGUUGUACGAGCGGGUCGCGUCGCGUUCACCGGGGAAGUGGACUGAGUUUGAAAGAGCACAACCCGGAGCAGAGUGCGAAGAGGGAGUUAGUCGUACGUGAGUUAUUUGAGCGAUAUUCACCCUGUUUGACUAAGUUGUCCGGCAGCAGACGGCGGCCCCCCCCCCGGCCCCCCCGGGCAGCUAGCAUGUUAGCAUGUUAGCAUGCUAGCAGGCAGAUAUGGACGUUGCUCGCUGUAAAUGGCAGAUGCGAAAAACAAGUUAGCCGCUCGGUCGAUGUGCUCGCUCCCCGCCGGAGUUCACUAACUCGACUUCAGCCUGGUCGGUUCGUGUUCGUCAUCCCCCGACCCCCCCGGCCCCCCCACCCCGAACCGCACAGAAACAGAACCACACCAGCGCCUGGUUGUUCUUCUCCUCGACGCCUUGUUCCAUGUCGGAGGCAGCGGGUCAAGUUACUGAGCUGACGUGAGUCCGUUUUAAUAAGAACAGAAGAAAAGGACAAGAGAGGAAGAGGAGAAGAGAGAGGAAGAGAGGACCAGAGGACCAGAGGACCAGUCGAGGCUCGGUGUCAUGGCCGUGGGCCGACUCGCGAUGGGAUCAGUCGCCAGGUUCUUCUUCUGCCUGUCGCUCCUCCUGACCUCCGUGGCUGCAGCGCAGGGCGAGGAGAGGGAGUGUGCCUUCACGGACCAGCAGCAGCAGUGGGAGGUGGAGCGAGUGGCGGGGGGUGAAGGUCGGGUCUCCCCGGAGAACACCACCAUCCGGUGUGCCAAGGGCAGCCACUGUUUUGGCUUGUGGGAGAAAAGUCCUCCGGGCGAAGUGCGACUGGUCAAACAAGGUUGCUGGACUCACCUGGGCGACCACCAGGGUUGUCGCGACGACCGCUGCGUGGUGACCAACCUCCCACCACAGAUGCAGAAUGGGACGUACCACUUCUGCUGCUGCGGCAGCGACAUGUGCAACGUCAACUUCACGGAGGACUUCCCCCUGCCCAGCCCCACCACCGCGCAGCCCAUCUACCCUCGCACGCUGCGCUACGAAGAGACGGUAAUUAUCACCCUGGCAACUGUCUCCGUGAUGGCCGUGGUUGCUGUAGCAGCCUUCUUUGGUUACCGCAUGAUGCACGGAAACGGUAAACAGGGUCUUCACAACCUGAACAUGAUGGAGGCCGCCGGCUCGGAGAGUUCUCUGGAUCUGGACAAUCUCAAACUGCUGGAGCUGAUCGGACGUGGCAGAUACGGUACGGUGUACUGCGGCUCCCUGGACGAGCGGCCCGUCGCCGUGAAGGUGUUCACCGCCGCCAACCGGCAGAACUUCCUCAACGAGUGCUCCAUCUACCGGCUGCCGCUGCUGGAGCACGACAACAUCGCUCACUUCGUGGCGGCCGACGAGCGGACCGGCCCGGAGGGACGCACCGAGUUCCUGAUGGUCAUGGACUACUACCCACACGGCUCCCUGAAUCGCUACCUGAAUGUCCAGACCAACGACUGGGUCGGCAGCUGCCGGCUCGCCCACUCCGUCACCCGAGGCCUGGCGUACCUGCACACGGAGCUUUUCAAAGGAGAUGUUUACAAGGCGGCGGUUUCGCACCGGGACCUGAACAGCCGGAACAUCCUGGUGAAAACCGACGGCACGUGCGUCAUCAUCGACUUCGGCCUGUCCAUGAAGCUGACGGGAAACCGGCCGCCGCGUCACGGCGAGGAGGAGAACGCUGCUAUAAGUGAGGUGGGGACAAUCCGCUACAUGGCUCCCGAGGUGCUGGAGGGCGCCGUGAACCUGAGGGACUGCGAGUCGGCGCUGAAGCAGGUGGACAUGUACGCCCUGGGCCUGGUCUACUGGGAGACCUUCAUGAGAUGUACCGACCUUUUCCCUGGAGAGUCUGUGCCAGAGUACCAGAUGGCCUUCCAGGCGGAGGCAGGGAACCACCCGACGUUCGAGGACAUGCAGGUCCUGGUGUCCAGAGAGAAGCAACGGCCCAAAUUCCCCGAGGCCUGGAAAGAGAACAGUUUGGCGGUCCGCUCUCUGAAGGAGACGAUGGAGGACUGUUGGGACCAGGACGCCGAGGCCCGCCUCACAGCGCAGUGUGCCGAGGAGCGACUGGCAGAGCUGCUCCUCAUAUGGGACCGGUCCAAGUCUGUGAGCCCCACGCUCAACCCCAUGUCCACCACUCUGCACAACGAGAGAAAUCGCAUGACGCCAAAAUCGGGCCCGUACGCAGACCAUCCCUCCACCUACAUCGAAGAGAACGAGGGCGUGGCCAAGAACACACAGACGGACACCACCGGCUCCGUGAGUGGCCGAGCUGUGGCCGGCACCGGCGAGCGGAACAGGAAUUCCAUCAAUCAGGAGCGUCAGCAGCAAGCCAACGCCCGUCUGCCGAGCCCGGAGGGCAGCAGCACCAGUAUGGGUCUGAGAGGAAGCCCCUCCGCCUCCACCACGACCACCACCUUGAUUUCAGAGUCCGAGGGACCUGCGGGGGGCGCCACCGUCCCCGUCUGCCUCCACCUGACGCAGGAAGACCUUGAAACCACCAAGCUGGACCCGAAGGAGGUGGACAAGAACCUGAAGGAGAGCUCGGACGAGAAUCUGAUGGAGCACUCGCAGAAGCAGUUCUGCUCGCCGGACCCGCUGAGCCCCGGCAGCUCCAGCCUGCUCUACCCUCUCAUCAAGAUGGCGAGCGAAGCGUCGGGCACGUCAGACCAGGCCACCCCCAUGCCCACCACCAUCUUCCCCCUGCCCAAGCAGCAGAACCUACCCAAGAGGCCGUCCAGUCUGCCCCUGCGCACCAAGCCCACGAAGAAGGAGUCGUCGUCAUCUUCACUCAGGUUCAAGUUCGGACGCUCGGGCAAGUCCAACCUGCGGCAGGUGGAGGGAGCAAAGAUAAACAUUGGUGCGGUCGCGGGCACGAACGCGGCUGCAGAGGCUCAUCGAGGCACGAACAACAUCCCCGCUCUACGAGACGCUCGCGUCAACGGCGCCGCCAACGGUCACGCCGGCUCGUCCAUGGCUGCGGGCGGAGCGACGGGUUUCGGAGGAUCCAGCGUAACUCAGAACAGUUCCGCAGCGCUGAGGCCGGACGACGCCCGACUGAGCCUCGGCGUCAUCACAGCGAGCCCCGACGAAAACGAGCCGCUCCUGAGCCGAGAGCGAGAGCAGCCCGACCCCCGGGACGCGUCCUCCAGCGCCGCCGCCCUCCGCUCGGCCCGGCCCAACACCAACAACAACAACAGCAACACCGGCCACGGCCAGGGGGGUGGAGAGAGCGGGGGGGAGAGCGACGGAGGGGAGGAGGGCGGGAGCGGAGAGGGAGGGAGCAGGGAAACAACCGGGCCCCAAGGAGAAGGUCCGGGGUCCGGGUCUGGUGCCGCGGAGGGAGCGACGGUCGUCAUGAGAGGGGAGGCGCUGCUCCGACAGCCCAGAACCCGCAGGCCCGAGAGACCCAACUCCCUGGACCUGUCCUUCACCACGCAGGACCUGGCCUCACUAGAGGAGAGCUUCGCGCAGCCGGACGGAGCCGUGGCGACGGGAGAGAAGAUCAAGAAGCGCGUCAAGACGCCCUACUCCCUGAAGAAGUGGCGGCCCACCACCUGGGUCAUCUCCACGGACAGCCGGGGGCCCGAGGUCAACAACAACGGCUCCGCCCACGGCCAGGGCCACGGUCAGAACCGGCCCAAGUCCAGUUCGGCAAUCUACCUGCGGGGGGCCAGCGAGCCCGGCGACACGCACGUGUGAACUCAGACCCCUCGGACAAAUAAUGAGAAGAGAAAAAAAAGAAUACACGAAUGAAAGGAGAGAGAGCGUCUGGUUUCUCUCUGCGGAGCCGUCGGCUCUGAAUCAGCAAGAGGAAGCUACGGACUGUGUUCCGGAGUGUGUGUGGUGAACACACCGUCUGAUCGUGUACAGUAAUUAGGUUUGUGUCUUUUCUGACGAUGGCAUUGCUUUAAAUGGAAUCCAGCUAUGCAGCGUUCUCACUCGCUUCUGUUUAUUAAUCUGCCCCCGUUUUGUCCGUUUGUUUUAAAUCAUCACGGAGCGUGGCCAUGUUUCCAUGGAUAUCCGUCUUUUUAUUUUUAUGUUUUUAUGUUCCUCUGUGUGCACUUUGAACCGAUUCAAAUCAGUGUUUAGAAAUCCUGUCUGUUUGCGACCACAACAAGAAGAAGAAGAAAGAAGUGGUGGUCUAUAAACUUUUUAAAAAAGAAAGGAGAAUUAAAAGGCGAUGACAAACAAUCAACACUUUGGAGCUCUCUCUCUCUCCGGCUCUGUAAAAGAAUCGACGGUCUUAAAAGACAGAACAAACUACUUUCACUUUCUUUGUUGUUGUUGUUGUUGUUGAUUUCCUUGAUUUGUAUGCAAUACCAAUUUUUUUCUUUAUCGUCUUUGACUAUCCAUUUUUUGUUGUAUCAUAAUUUUUUUAUUGUGCAAUAGGAUGUAGCUUUCUAGAUGCUUUUCAAUGUUUUUAAUCGCUUCCAUCAUUUUGAAUAUGUUAAUCUCUGUUGCACUUAUGAAUAGUCAAAAUCGUUUUGUAAACAAUCCACCAGACACUAUCAGCCCCCGUGUUGCUCGAGAGGAGAAAAAUGGACGACAAUCCUCCUUCUCUUUUCUUCUUCUUCUCCUCCGGACUCUUUCGGGGGCACAGACACUAACGACCGACCCCGGCCGCCUGGAGGAGGAAGCGGAACUUCUCCGCUUGCACAAUUUCACCAGGAAACGAGACUCGGGAAGACAAAAACACUACAAUCACUCGAAGAAUCAACGGAGGGAUCUGUUACGGUGUCGCUGCACCACUAUCACCUGACCUCACUGUUUAGCGGUACGUGACCAGAAACACUAGAAAAGCCCAGAUUCUGCUCUUUGAAAUCAGAAAUCACAAACUAUUCUAUAUUUAAAGAAAAGAAUAACCAAACCCUUUCCCGAAGCACGCUGGAUAUUAUUUCUGCUUCCUGUCUCAUCCUUCGAUGACGGAAUGGCUGGAGUGUGUGUGCGCGUGUUUCUGUCCGUCGGCGCUGUACAGGCGUGCUGAACCGUCAUCGUACUCCUCGUGUUUUCAGCGCUGAAAAAAAAAAAAAAGAUCUCAUUUAUGUUUUUGUAAUCUGUAAUUUGUAUGAAAAGAAGAAAAAAAAGAGAAGACAUGUAUGUGUAUGACAUUGAUAUUUGCAUCAUUUUUAUGGCAUAUUCUGUUUUUAGCAUUCAAUGGACUUGGCCUUUGAUUCCGUUGCUAUGCGUACAGUUUGCUCGGUACAGUUUCUGUAAACAUUUUCAAGUCAAUAUGGAAGAAAAAAAUCUCAAUAAAUGUAUGAAAUAAU